CGUUUAAUGGGGAAUUCGUAAGAACUGUACUUACUACACAGGCGACUUAAAGUAGACUAGUGAGUUAAAUACCAACAAAGUGAUGAAAUUUACUUUGCGUAUCAUUAAGUAAGGCCACAUGACGCUUAGAAAGUCAACAAACUGGUUUCGUUUUCUUGAGGAAUCCCCAUGAAGUCCUGGCGAAUGAAGUUACCCAGCUGUAGGAAAUGUGGAGAACUCAACAUAAACGACAUAAAUAUGCUUUCAGGAUCUCGUUCACUAUCACAUGAACGCAUUUAUCAAUCGUUGUUUCCUUAAGGGAGUGGCUGUGUUUGGAAAAACGUGACCAAAAUGUCUCAAGUGACCCUUUUGGAUGAGGUCUCUCAGUGGAGCAUAGAGACAUGUCAACAAGAGCUCAAAACGGUCCUGCCCAAAUUGGUUGCCAUGCAUCAUGACACAGACAGCUGGGAAGAGCACACAAAUAUUCUGCAAAUUCUCACAAGGCAGUUCCUCCCUCAUCUUUCUUUAUCUGAAUUAGAGGCAGGAUGCUUUUCCACAGUCUUGCCCAAGGUGGUAAAAGUGUUUGCAAGUCUUCUGGAAGAAAUCAGCAAGCAAAUUGGAGGCCUUUCUAGUCAAAACACAGACCUGCAUGUAUUUUUGAGAAACAUAUUGAAGAUGAUGGUUCAGACCCUGGAGUCUCUCUCUGGCUGUGUGCGACGUGUCUGUUCCUUUGACGGGUCUGUCUCUUUUGAUGCAAUUCGCUCUCUUCCCACUUGCAUCCUCAGAGUCCUAAAGGACACAUUCCAGCACUGCAAGGACAGUGAGGUCAUGUACAGUGGAAGACUGUCAUUGGUGGGCGAUCUCCUUCAGGGCCUGUUUAAAGAGGCCUAUUCUUUGCAGAAGGGCCUGAUGGAACUGUUAGACAAAAUUAACUUGGAGGACACUGCUUCUGAGGAGGAAGUGUCAGAUAUCGUCACAGUGAUUCACAGUCUGCUGGACAUUUGCUCGAUCAUAUCCAGAUUGGACAUUGCAUUACAUGCCAACACAUGGAAGUUUAUCGUUAAACAGAGCGUGAAGUACCAGUCUCUAGUAGAAGAUCGGCUUCACCACAAUGACAUAGCCUUAUCGUUGUGCGAAGACCUGUAUACGUCUGUUCAGAACUGUUUUGAGCUGGCUCAACAGAUCCAACAGGCAGGCCUACGGGAAGUCGUGCACUGUCCUGAAUACCGGCUUUUCCAAAAAUCAACAAAGAUGUCUAAGUUUUUUGCCAACACAUUAGUCCAUUAUACAAAGGAAUUUAAAGCAUUUCUUGCCAAGUCCUGCCAUCGAUUUCACCAAUUGCAUCUCCAAAUUCAUAGCAAGUUCCCUCCCUCUGUGUGUGCCCCGUCUGUGCCCUCUGAACUCAGUGAGGAGCUGAGAGUAGCGGUUCUGGUUCCCAUGGAUGCCAUGCUGACGCAGCUGCUCUCCUUCCGACCCUUUGUAGAAUCUGUUCUGGACCCAGAAUGCAAGUGCAGUACUGAGCUUUGCCUACCACAGUGUCUGCUACUGGUGAAUGUAUUGGGUAAAUUCUCCUCCCAGCCAGAGGAGGUGCUGCGGCUAUGGAGUGAUGGCAGACAGUUUUCGGAGGAAACUCCCAGGUGGUCUGUGUUUGAGGCAGUGUUGCAGAGUUUUCGGUGGUGUGUGUUGGAGCGUGCCAUGCCGGUGUGGUUGCCGGGAGUAAUGCUUCGGGGGCAGGCUCAGGGUAGAGUCAGUCUGCACCAGCAUGUGUGUGUGCAUAUGUGUGCUUGUGUGGCUGUUCUGCCUGCUCAGAACUUCGCUGCAUUGGAGCGGUCACUAUUAGCUGCCAUAUUGCAGGCAGACAUGCAGACGGCUGUCUUGGCCACAGAUGUCUGGUGUUUCCUGGCACGAUAUGGCACUGGCGAGUUGUGUUUUCAACAUGUUCUCCUCAUUGCUCACCUGAUAAGGUCAUGUCCUGUUGAGGGUUAUCAGUUGGUUCACUUGGCCCUUCUGCUUAGACGCCUGCUAUUUCUCAUGACACCAAAACAUCAGGUGGAGUUUGUGGAGCGCUUCUCUCCUGCUCAGGAGGAGAACCUGUGCGUGUGGCGCCACACUCUGUUGAGGUCUCUGUGCACAGAGGCACGUACGCACGUGGAGCGGGAGAUGCUUGCUGGGGCCUCUGUUGUGCUGCAGGAAUGGCAGAAUAACGGCUACAGGAUGGGAGAUAUACCAAGACUUAACCGGAUACUAAGCUGUGUGCUGAUAUUGAUGGGGGGAGGCAACUUGCAGGCUGAACGUGAGAUAUCUUUUGUGAAGAUCAUCUCUCAGCUGUGGAGUCGCAUGAGUAGCAACCAGGUGCAGGUUCAUCCUCCUCUUCAGUGCACUGUAACAUUACUCCUGUCAAUAUCAGCUGUUCUGAUCAAAAGUAUAGAACCACAUGUCAUUGUUCAGGCCGUUUCCUGUUUGAGUGGGUUGACUAUUAAAAAAUGCCCCGAUGACCUUCUUUUAGCUGCGUUGGAGUUUCUUGCUUCCAUGGGAAGACUAUUUAUUACUCCAAAUAUUCAGUGCCAGGUUUUGCCCAGAAUCAGUGGUCUGUUUAAUGGUCUCCUGACUCACCCAUCCUGGCUGGUCUUCCAUCAUGUCCUGGAGGCCUUUGGCCUCUUUGCAGAGAUAACCAACCAUGAGGAAGUGAUUUCUCAGGCAUUGACAUCAGAGGACCUCAAAUCUAAAGUGUUAAACUUCCUUAGUAAGACCAUAACAAACCAGGAAUCGGAGGAAGCAAAACUAGAACGUCUGAAGGAGUGGAGGAGUUUAAUAGAGAAACACUGUGAGCAAAUAGAGUGUGAGACCAGAUCACUCGUACACGCGCCACUUAAUGAGGAGCCUUGUCCGAAGAGGGCAAGACAAGAGACGAAAGUAGAAGAGGAGUAUGAGCGAUACCUCCAAACAGCAGAAAGUGCCUUGAAAGCCCUGCAGGCAAUAGAGGAGCCUGGCCACAACCCGUCCCCUCCACAGUGGGUCAGGACCAGACUUGAGGUCUUACAGGCACUGAUAACUCAAAUCAACACUACAACAGAGCAGUCCUGAUUCAACCACAACACUUACUUAUGGCUGCUUUAAACGCAAUGCUGUCUUUGUUCAUGUCACUACACUUACUGAAGCCAGCCAAGAUGUUUGUUUAAAAGUAUUUUUUUAAGUUUAUAUGGAAAAGGGUUAAAUGUAUUUUAAAAUAAAUAAAGACCUUUAAAAUGA